AUGAGCCAGCAAGAUCAGAAUCAGGAUCAAUUAUUGCAAGAGCGACCUUUUCAAGAUUCUCCACAAGAAUCCCAAUCACAACAACAACAGCAACAACGACAACAACAGCAACCCCAAAGUUAUGAUUCAAGAAAUACUGAUGAACUCAUGGAUUUUGUACCGAUCUCUAGUAAUAUGGAUCCGACAUUGCGUUAUCCUCCAAUUGGAGCGACGACUAGAAGUGGUGGAACCAUUCCACCAUCUUUCUCUAACUCUACCAUCUCGUCUGUCAGCUCAAUUCACAAUCAUAUCAGCCCUUCGCUUUCAUCUAACUCGCUUACUGCAUCCGCCACAAACAACGAUGACAACCUCAAUGUUAUCAAUUUAAACAUUGUCAGAACGCCUUUGAAGAAUUCGUCGAGUUCUUCAUGUCUUCGCAAAAAGUCGGCUGGUAAUCUUAUGGCUACUCCUGCACAGACUCCUGUGCGUCGUGGCGAUCUGAUCACCACACCGCGUCGGCUGACUAUGUCCAGCAGUAGUUCCUAUAGACGGGUAAGAUUGAGUGAAAAGUCUCCUGCUAAUGGUAACAACCCGUUUUAUACACCACCAGCAUUUUUGUCACCCAAGAUCACCAAGCACAGAAAGCAAUCAUCAAUAUCAACAUCUAUAUCUCUUGGUCACCUUGACACUGACAUUCAAUUGCAGCAGCAUCAUCGUCUUUCUAUCUCUCCGCUGGCUACUCCACUGCGAACACCUAGUACGCGGAUGGAUGGCCUUCGUGAUGAACAAGCCGAUGCUGAUGAUGGCGACGAUCUUGAUAUGGAUCCGGCCAAAACGUUUAUAGAACCUGCACUGUUAAUGAAAGAGUCUAGUGGCUCUUCGCAUGACGGCAUUAAGUUUGGUGGUAAGUUGUCUGAUCUAGAUGCUUACAGUCAGCAGCAGAUUCAGGAACGUCAUCUGCAACGGCAGCAUUCUUCAUAUGAUGGUUCUAACUCGUUUAUUAAUCAGGACCUUCUCAACAAUCCCCAGGAUAUUAUGCUGUUGAUAGACUCAGAUAAUGUUGAAGAUGCUCAUUCAAAUGAUGAUAGUAAGAUUGUUUAUACUUCUGAUAUGCAAUCUCAAUACGGGUCCAAUAGAUUACCGCGUACAAAGUCUAUGCCACCUCAAAACGGGGUGAGUACAAUACAAGUGGGACCACAGAUCCUCCGUCGAAAAUUGGCUCGCUCUCGAUCAACAAUGAAUUUAAGUGAAAUUGCUGCCUCGAAGGAGGCCAAAACUGCUGCUCUUCGCACUUCUUCCAUACACCAAAGCUUUACUAUAUCGGAACUGCCCGAAGCAGCACUCCAGUAUAUGGAAGAAGAGUCACAGGAUCCGAACCAGAAGCCGCAGCAGCAGCAAUCACCACAUCGAAUGAUGGUGCCACAAGUGCCGCAUCCAGUUCCCAGGGCCUCUUCGGUUUCUUCGAGCACAUCGAUUCCUACAGCUCCUGAAUACAUGGGUAUGUUCCCAACGAGUAUUUACACCAAUUCGAAUAACCCACUGACUCAGUAUAUGACCCCGCCAUCAACUGCAGCCUCUGCGGCAUCUGCAGCAUCUGUUUUUCACGCGCAAUCCGGUAAGGAAAGCUUACCAGAGGAAGAAAUUUUACAGAUAUUGCCACCAGGACUGAAAAGAACCCAGUCGAAAAGACUUGCCGAGAACAAGAAAGGUAAGGGUAAGACUAGACAGCCAACUACACUUAUUUUAACCGAUUUUGAAAGGUCAAAAUUGGAUUUACCGGAACAAUCUGCACGUUCGAAAUCUAGAUCUAAGAAGGGAAGCAACGAAAAGAAGAAAAUUCACGAGUGUCCACUUUGUCAUUCGAGAUUCCAGCGGCCGGAGCAUGUGAAAAGACACAUGCGGUCGCAUUCAUCGGAGAAGCCUUUUGCGUGUCCUCAGCUUGACUGCUGUAAGAGAUUCAAUAGAAAGGAUAAUCUUAAGCAGCAUUUGCGGAAGAUUCACGGCUUGAAGCCCUGA